AUGGCUAGCUCAGAGCACCAUCCUUCUGGCGGAGAGGAGUAUCUCUCACUUCAGCCAUCGGACCCCCAUCGAACCCAUCAGCUCCACGUCCCAUCCUGCCCUGUCACUUCCCACCAAGCUGCUCUUGGUUGCAGUGAUUAUACACUCCACUGCCCGAUGUGGCUGUUGUGGCGUGCCCGUGGCCCUCGUUUCCUGCCUGCCCCUAAUACUUCCGCUGGCCGCCUAGGCAUGGGCAACAAGGGCCGCCGCCGUUGGGCAGAACAUUCCUUCGGCACCGCUGAAGGAGGCGCCCCUGCCACCAAGCCACAGAAGCCCGAUGAGGAGCUCGGCUUGGACGAUCUUGACAACGAGAUCGAGCGGCAUCGCCGCAUGAUCACCAAGGAGGCGGCUCGCCUCGCUGGGCUUCAGGGACGUCUGAAGGUCCUUGAAGACCUUCGUGCAUCGCGUCGUGUUAGCGACGCGGAGAUAACUGAAAUCUCAAGCCACAUUGAGGCCCCUACCUUGCCCACCCCCGGUCCCUCUUACAACCCCUCUGCACAGCCUGAGUCAGUGGCCGCCCUGGCUGACAUUGUCAGGAAAAUUGCAGACAGGAUGGAUGCAUGUGAGCGGGAACGACUGGCCAUGGUGAAACUGCUGGAGGAGCGCCUCCCAUCCAAGGACUGGGCCAAUUGA